AUGGCAAACCCGCAACAAGAAGUCGACCCGCCCGACUGGAGAGGACCAGACGACCCAGACUGCCCUUACAACUGGCCGUUGUGGAAGCGCAUCUACAGCACCAGCAUUCCGGCUUUCCUCUGCGUCAAUGUGUCCUUUGCGUCUUCCGUCUAUACCUCCGGCGCCAACGACGUGUCUGAAAAGUUUGGCGUCUCGAACACGGCGUCUCUACUCGGUCUGUCUCUGUUCCUCUGGGCCCUCGGUCUCGGUGCCAUCAUUGCGGCACCCGUGAGUGAAUACUAUGGCCGCAGGAUCGUCUACCUCAGCACCGUCCCAGUCUUUGGACUAUUCAUCCUGGGCUCGGGACUGGCGCAGAACUUUACGACACUGAUUGUUUGCCGCUUCUUUGCCGGCUUCUUUGGAAGUGCCGUCGUCUCUGUUGGUGGCGGGACCAAUGCCGAUCUCUGGCCGCCUGCAUUGGCGGGAUUCGUCUAUCCCUUCUACUUUGUAUCCCCGUUCCUCGGACCGGCUUUUGGGCCUGUGAUUGGGGGCUUCCUUGCCGAAAAGAAGGGCUUUCGAUGGCUUGAAUGGGUCGUCCUCUUCAUGGUAGCCUUCAACUACCUGUAUGCCCUCCCACAAUUCGAGACCUACAAGAAGACCAUUCUCCAGAAGCGUAUGCGCGCCGAGAAGCAGUCUGAUGCGCCUCGAGCGGACGCGCCCAAGGUCGCCCUUCCCUCGAGCGCGAUCCUCCAACGCAUCAUUCUCAAGCCCUUCAAGAUGCUCUUCGCUGAGUCAAUUGUGCUCUUCAUGACUAUAUACAUGGCCUUCAACUUUGCCGUCUUUUACAGCUUCUUCGCAGCGUUCCCCUACGUCUUUGGAGGACGGUAUGGCUUUACCCCAGGUCAACAGGGUCUCACCUUCAUCUCCAUCGCGCUGGGCUGCGUCAUUGGCUUUCUAGCUGUAGUCUACAUUGACCGCAAGACAUAUCCGGCGCUGGAGGCCAAAUACGGCGUCGGUGCGGUGCCCCCGGAAUACCGCCUCUACGGCGCCAUGGUCGGCUGCGCACUCAACCCGGCCAGUCUGUUCUGGUUCGGAUGGACAGCCGAUGCGGGUGUGUACUGGCUAAGUCCGGUUAUAGCCUCCGUACCGUUUGCCGUGGGUAACAUCAUGGUUUACAGUAGCGGUGCGCUGUACAUAAUGAACUCCUAUGGCUCGUUGCACGGCGCGAGCGCUCUCAGUGCCAACAGCCUUUUGAGAUAUGCGGGCGGGGGUGCGUUCCCGCUGUUCACGGUGCAAAUGUUCUCUUCCAUGGGAAUUGGAUGGGCCAGCAGCCUGUUAGGAUUUGUCUCGGUCGUUUUGGUGCCGGUUCCAUGGGUAUUGUACAAGUACGGGAGCCGAAUCAGGGCUCAUAGUCAGUAUAUCUCGAUCAAAGAGCCGGCGUCAGGCAACCAGACUUCAUUGGAGGAGAUGACGAGCGAGGAUACGGAAAGUUGA